GUACUCAAUGCUCUCCCUCAAAUCGCAUAGACAUUUAGUUUCCAAUUUUACCCCUCUCAGGUUUCUCUUGCACUUUUUGGUGUUGCUGCGACACUUGUUUAUGGAGUCCUGGCCGGUUUCUUCUUGCAUGAAGUUGGGCACCCAAAGUCCAUUUCGUUUUAAUCCCUGCACAAAUCUGAACAACGGCAACAAACCCAUUAACCCAGCUCCCUCUUCAUUUCUCUCUCUCUCUCUCUCUCUCUCUCUCUCGCUCUCCCUCUCUCUCUCCAUAGGCGCACGCACGCAGAGCCAUUGGGGGUGUGUUGUUGUGGAAACCCAGAAUGAGAUGGGAAAGGUUGCAGCAGCAAAUGGGCGGAGAAGCUCCGGAGAUGGCUGGGGCUUCUGGGCCAGGGAAGAGAUGGGGACACACCUGCAACGCCAUUAAAGGAGGCAAGCUUCUCUAUGUGUUUGGGGGUUAUGGCAAAGAUAACUGUCAGACAAACCAAGUUCACAUCUUUGACACUGUUAAGCAGACAUGGAGUGAGCCUGUGAUAAAAGGUACCCCGCCCACACCAAGGGACAGCCACAGCUGUACCACUGUCGGGGAUAAUCUGUUUGUAUUUGGGGGCACAGAUGGGAUGAACCCUCUCAAGGAUUUGCAUAUUUUAGAUACUACUUCACAUACAUGGAUAUCGCCAACUGUGAGUGGUGAGGGACCAGAGGCACGGGAAGGCCAUAGUGCAGCACUUGUUGGCAAGAGGCUUUUUGUAUUUGGUGGCUGUGGAAAAUCCUCAAAUAGUUCUGAUGAAGUCUAUUAUAAUGAUCUUUACAUAUUGGAUUCUGAGACCUUUGUAUGGAAACGUGCUACGACAUCAGGCACUCCACCUACUGCUCGUGAUAGCCAUUCUUGCUCCUCUUGGAAGAGCAAGAUUAUUGUGAUUGGCGGUGAAGAUGCACAUGACUAUUAUUUAUCUGAUGUCCAUAUCCUUGAUGCAGAUACUCUUGUUUGGAGGGAGCUGAACACUUCAGGCCAAUUGUUGCCACCACGAGCUGGCCAUUCAACCAUAGCUUUCGGCAAGAACUUGUUUGUUUUUGGGGGAUUUACUGAUGCCCAAAAUCUAUAUGAUGACCUUCAUAUGCUUGAUGUUGAUACUGGGUUGUGGACAAAGUUGAUGGCUAUAGGUGAUGGACCUUCAGCCCGAUUUUCAGUUGCGGGAGAUAAUUUGGAUCCUAUGAAGGGUGGCGUUCUUGUGUUUAUAGGCGGUUGCAAUAAGCAUCUUGAGGCACUGGAUGACAUGUAUUACUUAUACACAGAGCUUGUAAGGGAAAAUGGGUCAGAUGAGCGAAGCAUGGAAAAGUUGUCUAUAAGGAAGCGAUUGAAGCUAAAGUGUCAGGAACAAUAUCUUCUUCCUCCAGUACAUAAUAAAGCUCUGGGUAGAAUUGGGACAAAUGCUGACAUACGCCAACCCAUGCCUGUGGCAGUUAAUGUUCAACCAAGUGCAUGGAAUUUGCCAUUGAAUGAAUCCCAGCCUCUCCAAGGGAGAAGGACAUUUCAAGCCAAGGUCACCCAAAGCUUCCCACAUGGAUAUACUAUUGAGACUGUUAUAGAUGGAAAGCCUCUUCGAGGAAUAUUAUUUUCCAACAGGCCAAGCUCUGUUCCCGCACCAAUCACAAAUUCUAACAGGAAGAGGACAUCUGCGGAAGUUGGUGGUUUUUAUUUGAAUAACGAUCAUGGUGGCAAGUUAAGAACUGUGAGCCAUCUCACACAGAAUGCAACAGACCACAGACCAGCGGACAGUGUCCAUGUAAAGGAAUCCACAUUAUCUGAACCCCUGAGGUCCCAGACGGAAUCCUCUGCUGCACCCACAUUCGAGAAUUCAGCAACCUCUGAUGCCCGUCAGCCUGAGAAGCAACCCCCUGGAAACCCAGAACUUUCAGCAGCGCCUAUUCUGAAUGCAGAAGAUGAUAGGAGAAAUGAUGUGCCAAACUCUGGCAUUCAAGUUCCCAAAGAGAGUGCAUCCACUGCAUCAAAGGAUUGUGUUACCUUGCCAGUGUUGCCGCUCAACCAAGAUAGUGGGCUGUCAAUCACCAAAGAACACUGCCGUCCGGCAAAAUCAAUUUGAAACAGAGUAGGCUAACAAGGUCUUUUUGGGUUGCUUCUGAAACCUAGCUGGAGAUGCAACCACCAGCCAUUUGUACAUUCAUCUUCUCAAGGUGCUCAGAGAUUCAUUCAACAGGUGAUAUAUGGAAUCUGCUCGCUCAAAUUGAUGUGAACCGCCACUUCGUCAUCCUUUUGGUCUGCGUAUUAGUUAUCUGAUUUUAAAACAUGUUAGACUGUAGUUGUAUGUAGUAGCAGAUCAUUUAAACCUGCAGUAAAAAAUUAAUUUAGCUAUUGUGUC